AUGCUUUAUCAAAUGCAACCAUCUAAAAAUAGGCUUUUCAUUUUCAUAGGAGAAUGUCAUCCACUUCAAAGCUCAGGACAAAAGGACUGUUUUUCUAAGAGAGAAGAAUGUCCUCCAGCUUCGAGCCCAACACAGCAGUUCCGUGCUCCCAAAAGAGGAGAAAGUCCUCCACCUCUAAGCUCUGGACAAAAGGACUUCGGUCACAAAAAAGGAGAAUGUCCUCCACCUCAAAGCUCAGAACAAAGGGACUUCAGUCUCAAAAGAGAAGAAUGCGCUCCAGCUCCAAACGCUAUUCAACCGGCCUAUGGUCCCAAACAAGGUAAAAAUUUUGAAAUGUUUCGUACUUUUAAUGGAGAACGCACUCCACCUCAAAAUGCAUUUCAGCAGGAUUGUGGUCCCAAUAGAAGUGACCUGUUUCAUCGACAAUCCUCUCCACCUCAAAACAGAUUACAAAAGACUUGUAACCUCAAAAAACGAGGAGAGUACGUUCCACCUCAAAACUCAUUUCAUUUAACCUUUAAGCCCAAUGGAGGUUAUCUGUCUCCUUUAUUUGUUAUUGCUGGGGUGUGUGAUCGUCUAAAAUGUGCUUUAUGCUUUACAGGAGAAUGCUUUCCAAGUGAAAGCCCAGAUCAACAUCAAUGCAUUCGAAAAAUUCAGUGUCCGCUAGCUUCACCUUCGAAUCAACCAUGCGAAAACCCAAGAAACGGUAAAGAAUUCAGUGGUAUUUCAAAUCAAUUGAGCACAUACCAGUUUCAUAGGCUUUUAAGUUAUGAUAUUAUCAACUGUUUCUUGUGUGAGUUCGUCACAUUUUCAUUUACAAUAAUUAUUUAUUUCGCUGAACUAAAACAUUUAUCGGGAAAUAGACAGCAUUUUUUGGCAUUCAUUUUGUCCGUUUCUGCUUCCAAAGUAAACUUUCAAGAUUUAUCAGGUCUAUUUGAUAAAACUUGGGGGUCUGCACAUCUAUAUUCUAGCGAAAAAUGUUAA